AUUAUUUUACACCGUUAUUGAUUACAGAAAUCGUCGUGAUAAAAAUUCGAGCUCAACACUCUGUAAUAUUGCUCGAAUUGUGCAAUAAUAUCCUCACUUUAUAGUUUAAUUAGAACACUUGCACCAAAUACAUCGUCAACAUGUUCAAGAAACCCUUCAAAGUGAAAUCCAACACUCAAAUGAAAGGAUCCGACAAAAAAAAAUUGAAGUUGGAACUAACGAAGAAUUUCCCAAAACUAACGGCGGAUGAUUUAAAAGACAUACUACCUCAGAAAGAUGACCUAAGUUUGAUCAAAAUCUUGACAUACAACGGCGAAUCAGCUUACUUCUAUUGUAUCGAAAAACUGCCCAUAUUUUUCUCCAAAGGCACUAAGCUAUAUCCUACGUUGUAUUUGCUAUGGAGGUAUCCGAACUUACUUCCAUUUUUCACCACAGCUUCCGAAGUACUGCCAGUAUUGCAAGGCGGUGCUGAUUUCAUGGCAGCUGGAGUGAUCUCUCAAAACCCCAGGAAUCGGUUUGGUAAAGUGAACAAAAACGACUCCGUUUACGUGAAUUGCACGGACAAUAAAGCCGCCGUAGCGAUGGGAGAAUGCGCUCUAUCCAGCCAAGAUAUGUAUAUGUCGGCUGGUCGAGGAAAAUGUGUCAUUGUGUUACAUGUUCUCGACGACGAGCUAUGUAAAUUCGGUACCGUAGUUCCUCUUCCUCAGCAAGGUCCCGUUUUGGGUAAAAAUACCGAACACGAAGAGAAAGCUAAACCUACUAACGAUGAAAAUAAACCACCCUCGUAUGCGAAUACGUUGAAAGCUAAAGAUACAGAGCCUCGGCCUAAACCUCAGCCUCAAAUUGUCGAAUCCGAACCCGAAGAAAUUGAACCAAACGAUGAUAAUGGUGAACUGGAACACGAAGAAGUACAGAGUAACGAGUUAGAAUCGCCCGAUGAUAUUUUAAUGUAUUGUUUCCUGAAAGCGUUGAAUACUUCGAUGAAAAGCAUCAAGUUACCGUUAUUAAUUAGUAAUUUUUAUAAGUUACACAUGAUACCGGCUUGUCCAGAAGGUAAAACUAUCGAUAUAAAGAAAACCUCGUUCAAGAAAAUGUCCAAAUUUAUACAACAAAUGAGCGUCGAUAAUUUAAUCAAAAUCGAAGAACCUAGUCCAGGUGUACAAAGUAUUACUCAGAUUAAUUACUCUCAUCAUUUGAUAUCUGGUUUCGUCGAUCAUCAUAAUAGCGAUUCUGGUACUAGCGAGAAUACGAAAGCUUCCCAGCCUCAAGUUUGCGAAACUUAUACCGUUACCGCUGCUGUGCUUCCGAUAUUCUCCGAAUUUUUAUGCAAGAAAGGAGAAUCUAUGACUGUAUCUCAAGCUCGUAAAUACACCGCCGAAUAUAUUCGUAAACAUCAACUACCUCUUCCUAAUGAUAAUUCCACCGUUCGAUUAGAUCCUGUAUUAAAAACUUUGAUAGCUCAAGGAAACACUUCAGAGGUACCAGAGACUGCUAAAUGGGAAGAGAUAAUGAACAGAGUAUUGUACAAAAUGAGCAGAUCGUUUAAAAUAACCACCGAUGGCAAUUCUGGAUUCAGUCAAAAAGGGAAAUUACCCAUGAUUGAUAUCAGAAUAGCGAAUAAGGCUGGUGGUAAAAAAGUAACGUUAAUAAAUAACUUAGAAGCUUAUGGAAUAAAUAUGGAAGAAUUUUCGCGAGAAUGUCAAAGAGGUGUCGCCGCUAGCGCUACUAUCAAUCAAGUUAAUGGUUUGAAAACGCCACAGCUUCAAAUACAAGGCAAUCAGAUUAAUUUCAUCGAAAAAAUAUUGACAGGUAAAUAUAAUAUUCCGAAGAAAUACAUUAAUGGUUUACAAUUCGCUCCGAAGAAGAAAUGAUGAUCCGAAUCGAGUACCUAUUGGUUUAUCGAGAACUCGAGGUGUGGUGAAUAUUGAAUACAAAAAUGCUGCAAAGAUCUUGAUCAUGUAUCUCUAAUCUAUUACGUAUCGUCGCUUUUAUGAAUCGUUAUUGUGUUAUUUUGAAUAUUUUUUUGAUGUGUCGAAUUUUGAUAAAAAACGAAUUAUAAACGAAUGAAUCAUUUUUAUGAUUUCUAAA